UUUAGAUGCACAAUACUACACACCUCUGACUCACUUCACUUUAGUAGUUGUAUGAGUUGAUCCGCCCAUUAAACACCACACACAUCUUCAGACACAACUAUUUACAAUCUGUCUCUCAGGAGAAGACCACUCACUAUAAGGAUCCAGACAAGCAACAGUUAUCCAUAAAGCUGUAGUCAGAGAGACUGUGGAUGAUGGGUUGUCUCAUGGUCACCGGGGUGCUCCUUUUGACUCUACUGUUCCAUCCUCCAGCUGCUCAGAUGGAGAGCCCAGAUACAGAUAGUGCAGAUCUGGAGGCCGUGAGGUUCGGAGAGUUUUGCCUGAAAAUCUCUGAUGAUUCCCACUGGAAAACCCCUGAACCAGAGCCCAGGCAAACAGUUGCCAACAAGGAGGCAGCUGAGAGCACACAACUGCCAAUGUCUUCACCAUCGGAUGACAAGGAAGAUAUAAACUCCACUCUUCAACCGGCUGUCAAUUCUUCAUCAGUCGUGGCAAACAUCAUGGGCAUCCCACCAGGCCCUGGACAACUGGGGCCGGUGGAGAGGGAAGGAUGUCUCUGCAAGACGUGGCAGGAACGCGCAACCCACCGGUCUCUUGUCAGGAGCAUAGAGUACAGGUUCCCUGCACCAGAAGUGUGUAACUCCACAGAAAUCAUUGAGACACUGGUAGAUGGCAGGAAGGUGUGUGUGAAUACCUCUCUCACAAGCUUCAUUGCACCACUCUAUGGGCUUUCAACUGACCCAGACUGGGAAGGGACCACAACCCCCAGCCCAAACACCUCUGCAGUGUCCUCGUCCCCAACCACACAGACAGAGGAACCAAUGAGCAUGACACCACCAAGGGAAUCAAGAGAGGAAGUAUUCUACCUUCUUCUUGAAACUGGUGAAAUAGAACAAGAACCCCCAGCACCCCCAGCACCCCCAGAACCCCCAGCACCCCCAGCACCCCCAGCACCCCCAGGAGACCUAGGACCCCCAGGGCCCCCAGGCUCACUAGGACCCAAAGGAGCCUCUGGAGUACUAGAGCUUGGUCUGCUGCACUGCAAGUGCCACCAGGUGGAAUCCAGACGCAUAGGAAAGCUCAUCUCGAAAGUAGAGUUGCACCCACCCUCUCCAAGCUGCAACGUUUUCGAGGCUAUCGCAACUCUGAAGAGGUCAGAUCAAAAUAUUUGCUUGGACAUCACUGCACCCUGGGUCCGCAGAUUCCUGGAGAAAAUCCAGUUACAGUCAGACUCCCCUCCUGGGAGUUAAACUAAUUUCAUCCUCCUGAAUGAUGCUAGGCUGAAAAAAAGUUCUACUUCAUGAAAGCUCAGCACGGUAUUGCUUUGACCUAACAGUUGUUAGUAAGUAGAUGUUGCUGAUUAUCAAAGUGCUAAAUGUGUCAGCAGUUUGACACUUCUUAUUUGAUAAAGAUGUUUAAUCAGUCAUUACUAAUUCUUUCCACCCUGGCCUGUACUUGAUUUGACAGGAAAUUGAAAUGUUUUUUUGGCAUCUGAUUUCUGUUAUCUGGGCAACUAAACCACUGAGAGAAAGGAAAAUUGCAAAUGUAAUUUGAAUUUCACAUUUUAACAACAGCUUAAACUCAUUGCAAAUAAACUGCUCUCCAAUCUUGA